UUCCCCUUUGCCAUUUGCCAGUUCUACGUCUCUCGUAGACACUUCAACAGCGUCUCGUUUAUCGGGCUUUGGGCAGCAUUUUAUUUUUACAUAUUUAAAUUUGCGACCAGUUUUACGUGGUUCGGAUUAUCCAGAGAAAACAAUGGCUAAUCGCUCCUUUGACAAUGGCAAAAACCCCCGUGACAACCGUGGCAAUCGUGACGGCAAUCGAGAGUUCAAUCGUGACGGCAAUCGUGAUGGCAAUCGAGAGUUCUAUCGUGACGGCAAUCGUGGUGGCAACUAUCGUGGCACUUAUCGUGGCAAUAAUCGUGACAACAACUAUCGCGGCAAUCGCGACAAUCGGGACAACUAUCGAGAGGACAGGAACUAUCGCAAUUUCGGACGUGAUCGCAAUUGGGAUAAUAACAAUCACAAUCGCAAUAGCAACAACCAGCGGCCGGUGCCCACAGAUCCCCCAUUCAGCGCCUAUGUGGGCAAUCUGCCCCAGGGCCUUGUCCAGGGCGAUGUAAUGAAGAUAUUCUCGGACUUUGAGGUGAAGAACGUGCGGCUGGUCAAUGACCGUGAGACGGACGAGUUCAAGGGCUAUGGCUACGUGGAGUUCGAGACGCUGGAGCAGCUGGAGCGCGCCCUCGCCUGCAAUGGGCGCAUCAAGCUGGACAACUUAUCGGCUCCGCUGCGCAUUGACAUUGCCGAUCAUCGCCGACAAUUGGGUGAAGGUGGUGAAGGUGCUGCAGGCGGAGGUGGACGCGGCGGAGGAGGUGGCUAUCAUCAGUCCUCGGGCAGCCGCAACUAUUACCAGCGGCGCAACUAUCGUCGCGACGACAGCGUCGGCUCGCAUCAGAUUCUGCCCAGUCCGGACACCGACAGCCUGCGCGGCUCCCCCGGGCAGUCCUUCUCCAACAGCAGUCCCACCAGCAGCAGCGUAACCCUGCGAGGUGGCCCACGGUCUCCCCGAGACAACAACAUCCGCUCCGGUGGCUAUGGCCGGGACGGAAAUCGCUACCAGGGCCACGACAAUGCCCAACGCAAUCGCAACCACAGCACGGGCUACCUCGAGAGCCGACAAUCCUCGGAGAGCAUUCAAUCGCGCAAUCGCAACUUCAAUCGUUACAACAACAACGGCAGAGGUGGCGGCGGCGGCGGUGGACGCUCGCCGGAUCGUCAGCGUUUCAACAGCAGCAACGGCAAUGACAACGGCAACUACACACAUUUUACCCAGAAUCGCAAUCGGGAUCGCCGUGGCCACUACAACCCCAAUGGUGGUGGCGGUGGCAAUGGCCAUGGCCAUGGCAAUGGCAAUGGCAGCGGCAGCCUUCGCGGCACCAGUCCGGGCUCCACUUCCCUUCGCUCCCUCAUUGACGACGACGAUCGCCCGAAGCUGCAGCUGAAGCCGCGCACUGUGACGGACCCCCUCAAUGCGCUGGCCAACACCGAGCAGGCCUCGAAGAUCUUUGGCAAGGCCAAGCCACGUGCUGAGCAAACCACGCCCACAACCACUCCACGCUCGGAGCAGAAGGGCGGCAACAACAGCGACUAACCGGACACCAAAAGACACUCAAAAAAGAACAAAAAAACACCUCAAAGGAUUCAAGCAAAUACCCACAAAAUCAGCAGCAGAAACAGCCAACAAGAUCUCUCCCUCCUCUAAAUGUUCGUGUCGAAAUGAAAUUGUAUUUAAAUAA